CCUCUUCUUCUUCUUCCUCUUCCCCUUCGUCUUCUUCACUUUGCCUCUUCCUUAUCUUCUUCCACCUCCUUCACGAAAUUCGUCGAAUCAAUCCUCUCGAUCGGCAGCUCUCCGAACUUCCUCUGCCGCCUCUAUGUGAAAUUUGAGGGCACAUCCUGAAGAGAUUGCUGCACCAUCGAAUGAGUGUCAAGAGUUUGAGCUAAGGAGAAGUGUUUGCCCUUUGUUUUUAGUUGGCGGUUCCAUAUGAUUGGGAAAAUGGUGGAGGGUCCUAAAUUUACUGGACUCAUGGGUGGAGAAAAUAACAAUGAUAAUAAUUACUACGAUUUCACUCAAGGCUUUUACCAAAAGCUUGGUGAGGGUACAAAUAUGUCCAUUGACAGUUUGCAAACAAGUAAUGCUGGUGGGUCUGUCUCAAUGUCUGUGGACAACAGUAGCGUGGGAUCUAAUGAUUCUCUAACCCACAUUUUAAGCCACCCUGGUCUAAAGCCUGUGAAGCCUUACCAUUUCUCUGUUCCUUCCGUGGGUCAGAGUGUGUUUCGUCCAGGUAAGGUUGGCCAUGCACUUAAUGAUGAUGCAUUGGCACAAGCGUUAAUGGAUAAUAAAUACCCAACUCAGGGUUUGGACAAUUAUGACGAAUGGACCAUUGAUUUGAGAAAACUUAAUAUGGGUAUGGCUUUUGCCCAAGGGGCUUUUGGGAAGUUAUAUAGAGGGACAUAUAAUGGAGAGGAUGUUGCCAUUAAGAUACUGGAGAGGCCAGAAAAUAGUCCCGAGAAGGCACAAGUUAUGGAGCAACAAUUUCAACAGGAGGUUAUGAUGCUUGCAACGCUGAAGCAUCCAAAUAUUGUGAGGUUUAUUGGGGCAUGCCGAAAGCCAAUGGUCUGGUGCAUUGUUACUGAGUAUGCAAAGGGAGGGUCAGUCCGGCAGUUUCUAAUGAAAAGGCAGAAUCGGGCAGUACCAUUGAAACUAGCAGUUAAGCAGGCAUUGGAUGUUGCUAGAGGGAUGGCAUAUGUGCAUGGGCUAGGGUUUAUUCACAGGGAUUUGAAAUCUGAUAACCUUCUAAUUGCUGCUGAUAGGUCAAUAAAAAUUGCAGAUUUUGGUGUUGCCCGUAUUGAGGUGCAGACUGAGGGAAUGACACCAGAGACAGGGACAUAUCGUUGGAUGGCUCCAGAGAUGAUUCAACACAGGCCCUAUACACAAAAAGUAGAUGUGUAUAGCUUUGGAAUUGUGCUUUGGGAGCUUAUCACUGGUAUGCUUCCUUUCCAGAACAUGACAGCUGUGCAGGCAGCAUUUGCAGUGGUGAACAAGGGUGUAAGACCUGUAAUCCCAAGUGAUUGUCUGCCUGUGCUAAGUGAGAUCAUGACCCGCUGCUGGGAUGCUAACCCUGAAGUCCGUCCUCCAUUCACCGAGAUUGUUAAGAUGCUUGAGAAUGCAGAAACAGAGGUCAUGACAACUGUUCGGAAGGCCCGCUUCAGGUGUUGCAUGACUCAACCAAUGACAAUGGACUGAUCCAGAAUAGAAGACAGAUGAUAAAGGAGAGGAUAUAAAUGAAACACAGAAGCAGUAAGAGUUUACAUAUAAGUUUGUGUAUGUAUCAGUACUUUUUUUCCCUUUCUUCUCUGGAUAGGAGAAGGCAACUAUUCAGACUACUGGUUUGGGAAUGUUGGUGUCAAUUGUACUGAACUAGCGAUGUUUAAGGCUGUACUCCUUGUAGUUGUAGUUGUUUGGGAGCAUUGAUGUGGUUUCCCAUUGUAGCUAUAUUUGUAUAGGGCCUGCCAUAUCUAUAACCGUUUAUUGUUCGAAUGCAGGUUCUCUAUUGGAUCGAUAUUUACUUGCCCAUUUUCUGUUUUCUUGUUCCCCUGCUGAUACUGCUUGUAUUGUAUUCUAUGGAAUGCCAUCUGCUUUCUGG